AUGAAAGAAUAAGAAUAGAGCAUACUUGUAAAAAUGAAAAAUAGUAUUAUCAAAAGGAAAAUAAAACGAUACAUUAUUACGGUUUCUACAAAUAGGCUACUCGAUUCUUAAUAGUAGAUAUCUCUUAGAUUAAUUUUUAUUAAAGAACUUUCGUCAAGCACUCUUUUCUCUUGCAACAAAUUCCUUCGUGGAUUAGAAUUAAUCUAUUAAUUUUAUAUUUCUUUUUUAAAAGCUCCACUGAAUUAUUACUGGUUAUAUUUUAGCUACUACUAUUAAUACCUUGAUUUGUUUAUUCUUUUUCUGAAUGCAAUAAAUAGAACUGUAAUAAAUGGUUGCUCAUAUAAAUGUAUGAUAUGUUUAUAAUUAUUUAUCUAAAGUCACAUAGCUAUGGUUGGGAUAGAAUGCAGAUCUUAAAUUUUUUUUAACCUUAAAUCAUUUAUAUAAAUACAGGGUGUUUGA